GUCCCUAUCGCUUUUGGUUGCCUCAUCCACUUCAAGUGGGCCCCCAGUCCACGCUCGAAAGAAGCGGCACCUGGAAUCGGGAACGCUUGAGAAAUCGAAGAUGUGGGGGAAGGGGAAGAAGCGCUUCGGCGGCGGGGGCGGGAGCGAGCCGGCGGCCAAGCGCCAGGCCGCCGGGGACGAGGGGCCCUCUGAAUCCGCCGAAGACGGCACCGUAGUGGCCGAGAUAUCGAAGAAUAAGAAGGUGUCGGUGAGGAGCUGGAAGGGCAAGGUCUACGUCGACAUGCGCGAGUUCUACACCAAGGACGGCAAGACCCUCCCCACCAAGAAAGGUAUAUCACUCCAAUUGGAUCAGUGGAAAAUAUUGAGGGACAACAUCAAAGCCAUAGAUGAGGCCAUCAAGGAGAACGCAUGACGGCAGCGGUCGAACUGAUCAUAGGGGCAAGCUUUUGGCUGAUGUAUUCUUGUAGGUCCUAGGCUGGUUUUUGUUGCCCCUGUGCUGCAGGCUGCUGCAGGCCUAAUGUUGCGCGCGCGCUUGAUCACGGGUUGUUAAUUAGGUGGCCACAUGGCAGAAUGGUUUGGUUUUCUGCCCCCUGUGUGCCCUGUAGUCUGCACUUUGGACAUCCAGAUGAUGUAAUGUCAUGUCUCCUUACGUGUGAUUGGCUCCCCACC